ACAGACACACGGUCCAUAGCUGCUGUGUUUCGGAGUCGGCAUUGAUAGAAUGGCAGUGAGCACGCCGAGCUUAUCAACAGCCGUCCGAUUAGAGGCUGCAAAAUCCAACGGUGCACCUGUUCCGCGGAAUCCAAGCCCCUUGCCCCAUCUCUCCUUCAAUAAGUCGUCUUGGGUCGUCAGAACCGAGUCAAAUGUUCAUAGAGAAGAAAGAAAGAAUCCAGAUCCACCUUGUGUUGUCUGCAAAGGGAGGGGAAGGGUUGAUUGCCAUCAUUGUCAUGGAAGAGGAAGGACGAACCGUGUUCAUUUAACAAUGCUUCCUAAAGGGGAAUGGCCAAAAUGGUGCAGGACCUGUGGUGGAAGUGGUCUCAGCUACUGCUCCCGCUGCCUUGGGACUGGGGAGUAUAGGUAUAUAAUGGGCUUCCAUUUCAUGAAGAUGGAUGCCAAUCACACCCAAAAACAGAAAAAGUAUGAGACCCAAGCUGACCAGGAACAUUGUACUGCAGCAGAUUUACUUCUACAUGAGGAAUAAUUGAUUCGAACCACAAAAAGUGAGGACUUAAUGAAAGGUUUUGUUCUAACUCCUUUCCAAAAGGCAGUUCAAUUCCAAGCUUGUAACAAACUAGUGUCUUUAACAUUGGUAGUAAAUCUUUGUGCUUGGCAAUUUAUGAAACAAACAGCGUAGCUGAUUUUUUUCUGUUGAUAUGCAUCAUCAUAAACGUUUCCAUGAUUCAAGAA